UUAAUUCGCAAUCCCACUAUGAAAUUAUCUUUUGCGCUGUUCCUCGGCGAGAUCAUGUAUAAAUAUGCUGCAAUCUCUUCCCUGCGAAUCGCGAUAUCUACUUCUCUCUUCUACACAUCUCACUCAUAUUCAUAUUUUUCUGAUCACAUGGAUCUGCUCAUGGUCGAUCUUAAUGACCCUCCAGCUCCUAUGCCAAAAGAUACAAAUUUGGAUAUAACUAGAGCCUUAGUUGAUGUAAAAAACCAUCCGGUUCUCAUAUAUUACAAAGCGUCAGAGCUUAGGACAAGCCGUUGGUGGGGGUGUUUAAGAAAAGUUCAGAGCUCAUCAGUCCAUAAUCUGUAUCACAACUUGCUUAACGGUUGGAUUGUUAUAGAGAUGGUUGGUUGUUGGAGGUGAGUAACCAUAUGUUGGAUGGGAGAAGAAGCGAAAAAGCAAGUCAGAGUUAGGAUGAGAGAAGAAUCUUUCUGCUACAUUUGUUGAUUUUUUCCUUGAUUUAUCUUUUUACUGAUGGAGAUGGCGUGAACAACUGAAGAAAUUCACAAAAAUUCAUCAGGCUGUCAUUCAAUUGGCUGCAAAAGGAAAAGUAAUAGAAUACUUUUGUACUAAGCUUUAGCCAUACGGCCCAUACCUAAUAUCUUUAGACCGAUUUGUGUUACUGUCCUACAGGUUCAAGUACAUGAGGGGAUGUAGAGAACAAUAAAAUCCAACAAUUGGGAGAAGGAACUUUCGAUCAGUAGAAUGAAACCUGAAAGAAACAUGAGGGCACCUUCUUUUUCUUCAUGUGCCUUUGCAGCAUAAUGAUUUAGUGUAGCUUUGUCAACAGAUGUCGUUUUUAAUUUGCGAUGAGCUCUAAGUCGAGCGCCGAAGCCAAAAGAAGAUAUAAAUGCUGGUAGUAUUUGUAUUUUUUAAUAACCAACGUUGAUUAAACACUUAAACUUGAGAGGUGCCUGUAAUAUAAAGAUUUUUCAUUGUUAA